AUGAUGGAGAGGAUACGAGAAACGGGACGACGGUUACAUCGAGUCUACCGAGAAACUAUUGAAUGGAGAAAUCCACUUACUGGGCUCUAUCUGAUGGCUGUCAACUCUGCUUUUUGGAUUGGUGUAAUAUAUUGUGAUCCUAGAAUUCAAGAAGCUCUGUUAGCAACAGCAUCCGCUGGUAUUUUUGCAUGGGACAUUCUCCUUUCAUCGUCCAAUGAUCGUUCCAUUAUCACACAUCUUCUCAUGUGGCCGUUCCAGUCUAUUUUUCGGACACUAUCCGUGGGUGGCUCAGUAUACAGUAUCCACCUUCUACGAGCGGAAGAAGUUCGAUUAGCAUGUUAUUCUGCUUAUGCUACUUUGGCUUGCCUGCUAAUAAAUCCAGUUUGGGAGCACAAUGAAGUGAAUGCGAAAAUUGGAUCAGCAGUUCAAAAAACAGCCAGCUGGUUUGGAAACUGGAUACAAUACCUCAUCAUCACUCCAAUUGUGACAGUGUACGAAUAUACCAAAUACAUUGUUCUUUUCCGAUGGGUUCCACGUAAGCAUCUGAACCUUGAGAUUCUGUUACUGAAGAAUUUCAGCAUUAAUUGCACAUAUAAAACAUUUCGUCUUCAAUUUCCGAGAAGCUUGUGGAGAACUAGUCACUGGAAUCAAGAACUGGUAUGGUUUUCAUUUGAUCUAUCGAUAGAGCUAAAACGGUUCUUCAGGUUCCAUGUCACAGUUAUUGAAAGAACGGAAAGAGUUGCUGAACGUAUUCGGAAAUUUCUUCGAUAUUGGUUCUGUGCAGAAUGGUGGCCAUCGUUAAAGGAGUGGCUGAAAAUUAAUGUCGGUGUUCCACUUCGUUAUUUGUUUGAUCAAUUGUGCUUCGUGUUCGUUUACAUCUUCUGUGCUCAUUGGUUCCCACCACUUUGGCGAUUCACAGUCAAACAACUGAAAGUGCUCGGUGCUCUGGCUCACAAGCAUUUGUGGGUUCCAGUCAAAGGUUUUCUAUUUUGCCAAUUCGAACGACUACGUUGCUGGCUUCGUGACACUCUUCAUAGUAUCGCAAUUGCCGUUAGAGAUUCAAUUAUUUGGCCAAUCUGUGUCCUGAUGGUGGAAGUAGGAAAACAGUGCUCGAUAUUUGUUUAUCAUCUACUUUUGGAGCCUGUUGUGAACUAUCUCUACGGAAGAUACAAAAUCAUCGAGACUAGUGCUCUUAUUUACAUCCUUGGUCCAGUUUGUGAGACAGUAAUUGAUCAUAUCCCAGAAAAGAAUCCAUUCUGCGAAGACAGUGACGUCGAGUUUGAUGGAUUCUUGCCAGAAGUAAACGAUGACACUGACCUAGAUGAGAAUAUGGUGGACAAUGAAGAUGACGAGAUGCAAUCACAAUUGUCUUCUUCGCCGAUUCCAGAAGAAGAGUUCGAGUUCGAGCGAGGUCUCAAAUUCUCUGCAGUCAACGGAUCGGAGUCUAGUGAUGCCGAAUUCGAUCUGGAAGCCCCGAAGAGGACCGUGAGACGGCGGCGGAGAGAACCUAGAAAGUCCGAUAUGGCAGUAGACGAUGAAUAUGAGCUUCUGGAAUGA